AUGUCUGAUCAAGAAUUAGGGCAAUCUGUCAGCGAAGAAGUAACUCUAAAUUCCCGUGGUUACAGACUAGUUAAAAAAUUAGGUGAAGGAUCAUACGCUAAAGUUUAUUUAUCUGAAUAUCAUCCGGUAGGGACCAACCAGAGUUCUACUGAACACAAAACACAAUUAGCAUGUAAAAUAAUUGAUACGACCAAAGCACCAAGAGAUUUUGUAAGAAAAUUUUUACCAAGAGAAUUAGAUAUUUUAGUCAAAUUAAAUCAUCCUCACAUUAUACACGUACAUUCAAUAUUUCAAAGGAGAUCAAAAUAUUUUAUUUUUAUGCGUUUUGCCGAAAAUGGAGAUUUAUUAGAUUUCGUAUUAAAAAAUGGUGCCAUUGUUGAAAGUCAAGCAAGAGUAUGGUUGCGUCAAAUGGCUUUGGGAUUACAAUAUUUACACGAAUUAGAAAUUGCUCACAGAGAUUUAAAAUGUGAAAAUAUAUUAAUUACUUCUAAUUAUAAUGUCAAACUUGCGGAUUUUGGUUUUGCAAGAUAUGUUGUCGAUUCAAAAGGAAGAAGGAUUUUAAGUGAAACUUAUUGUGGAUCUUUAUCUUAUGCCGCUCCUGAAAUAUUAAGAGGAACACCAUACAAUCCGAAAAUAUCUGAUCUUUGGUCACUGGGUGUUAUUUUAUACAUAAUGUUAAAUAAAGCCAUGCCAUUCGAUGAUACCAAUAUAAAAAGGCUUUACGAACAACAAACUAGUAGAAAAUGGAAAUUCAGAGCCAAAGUUGAAAAUAUUCUAACUGAUCAAGCUAAAAAACUUGUGACACUCAUGCUCGAACCAGACGUAACAAAACGUUUAAGUAUGUAUCAAAUAUUAAAUUCAGAUUGGAUUGCUAUGGAUCCUCGUUUAAUGGUUAUGACACCAGCUGAAAGAAUGGCCAAAACCGAAUCGCUUCAUAAGGGUCCAUCAAGAUAUAAAUCAGAAGAUAAACAAACUGAUGAAGUUGUAGUUAUUAAAAUAGCGGGACAGCCAACUGGGGCUCCAUCUCGUAACAUUAACGUUUAA